AUGAAUAGUAAAUUACAAAAUAAAUAUAGCCAAUUUAGGGACAUUUGUCAGCUACUUGCAAUAAUUUUAAAGUAUUAUAACAAAAUAUCAUUAUUCGGAUUAAAUAAUUCGGUUAAAUGCAUAUUAUUGAAUUUAUGGAUGUAUGAACAAAUAUAUGACAUGCUUAAAUCUCAUAAUGAAGAUGACCCUCGUAAAAUUAUUGAUCAAAUACGUGAUAUUUGGACUAUAUAUACUAAAUCCACUAAUUGUAAUAUACGUGAAGAAUUAUCAACUAAAAAUUGUUUUUUUGAUAAUAAAAAACUUUUUGACUAUACUAUAAAUUAUAAAAAUAUUAAGUCGCAUAUUGCAAAUAAUGAUUACAAAUGUACAAAUAAAUAUAAGAAUUACCUAGAUGAAAUUCAGGAAAUAUAUAAGAGAUUAAAAAAUCAACCUAGAACGGAAAAAGAUAGGAAUUAUUGCAAGAUAUUAAAAGGUUUUGAGGAGAUUCACCAAAAUGGAGAAUUAUUCUUAAAAGUACCAUGUUUACAGAUAAUAGAAGAUGUAGUUACUCCGAGUCGAAUAAAUGAAACAACAGUUUCUUCUGCAGGACACAGCGUAGAAGUAAUGGUAACAUCAGUAUCAAAAGGAGAAUCGGUGAUUGUAGGACCACGAACUCCCAUAAGGGAAUCAGGAUCUCCGGAAUUACAAGGAACUCAACAUUCUACAGAAAUAUCUGAAGUAGCCGAGGCAUCUUCCACUAUUGCCCUCACAGCUGGUAUUCCACUUAUAGGAGUUGCAGCCAUUUCAUACCUUUUGUAUAAAUUUACCCCUGUUGGUUCCUUGUUAUAUCCACAAGUUCAAAAGAUUAAAAGCAAGAUCCAGAAUCUAAUUCGAGGAAGAAAGGAGGUGCAACAAGAUGGAUAUAAUUUUUAUCCCACGUACAUGGACAUUAAUAGGUUUAACAUUGAAUAUCAAUCUAGAUAA